AUGGCUUCCUACAACUCAGUCAUGCCUACAGUUGCUUCUCGAUCGGUCUUCGCGACAUCAGCUCCAAUGGUUGAAUCACAAGCUCCUGCCGGUACUUUCGCGCCUGGUACUAAGAUACAAGUAGGGAGCCAGAAGGUCGUCAUCCAAAAAUAUUUUGCAGAGGGUGGCUUUGCUCAUGUUUAUCUGGUUAGAAUGCCGAAGCCUAUCGAUGGCACUGAUACAGCAGUUUUGAAGCGAGUAGCUGUUCCGGAUAAGGAGCAUCUUGCUAGUAUGCGUACAGAGGUUGAAACUAUGAAAAAGCUCAAAGGACACCGGCCAAUAGUCAAAUACUACGAUUCUCAUGCGUCUCAACUAAAAGGUGGUGGAUAUGAAGUUUUCUUGCUGAUGGAGUUCUGCGAUGGCGGCGGUUUGAUCAAUUUUAUGAAUACACGAUUACAAAACCGGUUAACAGAGCCUGAGAUUUUGAAUAUUUUUUCAGACGUAGCUGAAGGUGUGGCUUGUAUGCAUUACUUGAAGCCUCCACUACUACACAGGGAUUUAAAGGUGGAGAAUGUUCUAAUUACAACUAAAGGAGGAAUGAAGAAAUUCAAGCUGUGCGACUUUGGAUCAACAGCACCCCCUAGGCCUGCGGCAACAACGACGGCUGAAUGUAGAGCUAUAGAUGAAGAUGUUCAAAAACAUACAACACUGCAAUAUCGAAGUCCGGAAAUGGUCGACGUCUACAGGAAACUACCAAUAGACGAAAAGUCGGAUAUAUGGGCUUUGGGAGUUUUACUUUAUAAACUUUGUUACUACACUACUCCAUUUGAGGCGCAAGGGCAAUUAGCUAUUUUAAAUGCAAGCUUCAAAUUCCCGGCAUAUCCACAGUUUUCAGAAAAACUAAAACAAUUAACUGCUCUGAUGCUUAGAGAAAGUCCAAAACUAAGGCCUAACAUUUACCAAGUUCUCCGAGAGGUCUGCAUCAUGCAAGGCAUAGAAGUUCCGAUCAAAGAUAUUUAUUCCGGGAAAAUCAACCCAGAAUCGUCUAGAAAACAAACGACCUCUACACCAGAUCAAGUAUCCACGUCUCCGCCAACUGUAGGGGCAGUUUUCUCUCCCUCUCCACCUCAACAGGCGAUAAUUCCGGAAAUAAUUCCCAUGAGACGUGGUAGACCAGCUACAGGGCAAAUACAAAAGUCAAACUCGUCUAUAACAAUAGGAAAAUCUGUUGAUCCAUGGGGAACAUUAGACUCUAAUUCUACCGUGAUCGAUGAGGUUUCAACCCGAUUUCCAAGCCUGGAUCAAUUCUCACUUCUUCAUGAUGGUGGAACAUUUGAUUUCGAUAAAAACUUAUCCCAAGGCUCGCAAGACCUUGGUCAACGAGUGACAGAGAAACUGGCUGAUGAUGCUUUCGCCACUCAGCCCAAAUCAUCCAUAUCUAGGGCACAAAAAAUUAUCUCUAGCAAUCCAGAAUUGCAAGCUGCGUCUUCUGCUGCGUCAUCAUCUGCGACAUGCCAACAGCCUUCAACGCUAACACAAUCAAAAUCGCCUAAACUUACAUACGUAUCUCAAGGAACCAUGACAUCUUCGUUACCGACUAAUUUAACCUCAACAUACCCGUCAGGUACCAUUUCGACCGACCUUCACCGAUCAUCAAGUUUGGUUCUUAAGCAAGAAAUACAACAAAAUGAUCUGACAGAGGGGUCAAUUCAAGAGAUUCUACUACCACUAUCCGAUUCCACCCGGCACGCAUCGCCAUAUCCUAGUUCCUCGACUGAAAUUAAUCAUAAGCCUUUCGACGAUUUUCCUUCGCGAACGCUAUCUAUCAAUUCCCAGAAACGGUCUCUAAGACCACAUGUUGAAUCUAACAUUGAAUUCUUGCGCGAGAAAGAAAUCUCAAAUCGAGCUAACUCUUUAAUAACACCUCAAAGUAGGCCCAAAAGCGUGAAUUCUUCAUCUUCAGAAGAUGUUUUUAGGGCCUCUCUAGAAACUGAAACGUCAUGUCUUCAUCAAACGGAAGAGCCAAGAGUAGAAAUUAAAUCAAGGCGUCGUUUAUCUGCAACGAAGAUUAAGCGAACUAGUCUACCCAGUCUUGCUGGAACGAAGACUCUGCUGGUCGGAAAAUUUGGCGAUGCCUUCAAAAGAUUCGAGCAAAACGCUAACUAUCCAACGGCAUCAGGGCAUUCACGCCCGUUGAGUCCACUUAACAAAAAUGAGCAUGAGCGCCGUGAUCUUAUUUCUACGUCUGAGUAUGAUGCUAUUCCUGACGAGAAAUUUAGUAGUAGGCUCGUAGACGACGAUUUAUCCCAGGAUUUACUUGAUGAUAAUCUUUCACCUGAGCAAAGGCGUGAGGUUGAAAGGCGGAGACUGAGUAUCGAAGAAAAACGUGUGGCAGAUGCCGCCGCAGAAUACCGGAAGAAAUUAGCUGAGCGGGAUCGUUCAAGAGAGCCAUCUAAAAAUGUCGGAGGUGUUUCUCGUGCCAUGAGCAUCCAGAAAAAGGUUCGAAGCUUACUGAAUGAAAAUCAAGGUAUACCGUCACCGUCUAGAAAAGUCACAACUGGCCACGGUCAGUACAGCGAGCCAGAGAUAGCAUUUCCUCCAGCCGAUAACGUAAAUCCUUAUACUAGUUUUGUGGGCAGUUGCCUGCUAAAAAAAGAUGUGACAAAGUCUUCAACUCCACCUACAAUAUCUAAAGAUUUUAUUUCUAGUAAGGCUCAGCCUUCAAGUUUUGUCUCAGCAACAUCUACGUCAGCAAAGAUAAACGCACCCCGACCUAAUGCCCCUCCUAAACCUAUCCACCUUAAUCGUUCAGGUGUAGUUAUACAAGCUCAUCAAAGGAACUACCCACAACCCUCUGUAUUGCGACCGAGCCGAAGUGAUAUUGAUCAGCUUGUUGAUGAAAGGGAAAAAGACUAUUUAAAUCAACCUAUAGGUAAAGAGGACUACAUCAACGAAUUUUCCAAGAGGUUUCCAAGCCUAAGUGGCAUCGAGAUGGUUGAAAGAGAAAUUGAUGCUAGACCGAAGGAGAGGAUAAGAAAGGGUAUAGGCGGAAAGGGCGAUAGGGCUGAAAGUAAUAAUUUUGGCAGGGGUGGAGUUGAUCGGGCUAGUCUUAGGAGCAAGGACGUAUAA